AUGACUUUAGAUAUAGUGUGCAAUUUUAGAAAAUGCAGAAAAUCACUGUCGAGUCAUGCGUGGGUGACGACUUGUUCCCAUGUUUUUUGCAUCGAACACGGUCAAAGGGAAUUCAAAAGGAACGCAGAGAAUUCUUUAACAUGUCCAGCGUGUGGAAGUGAGUUGCGAGAUAAAUUUGAUGUAAUCCAAGCUGAUCUCAAACCAAGCGAGACUUUUAAAUCUAUCGUUUUAGCGGGGAUGAAACCAGAUGUUAUUAUGGAUAUAGCUAUGCGAGCAAUGUCAUUCUGGUCAUACCAAGUUGAACAAGAAACUUUAUAUCAGGAGAGCGUAGCAAAACAUUCUAAAGAUAAACUUCAAUGUUUGGAGGAAGUUAAUACGCUAAAUGUGCAGAAAUUAAAAGCCGAGUUAGAAACCUGCAAACGUAAAGUAAAUUCUUUACAGUCAGAAUUCAAUAAAAAACGGAAGCAGGCAGAAGAAUUAACAGCUCGAUUGGAAGAGAAAACGAGACAAAUACAGAAAUUAACAUUCCAACUCGAUACUCAAAAGCGAAAAGAAUUUCGAUUGCCAAAUUUCGAAGACAAAAAUGACAAUCAAGAGACAUGUAUUAAUAUUACUGAAUUAGUUGGUAAAAGAGCCGCAUCAGAAGCCUUUAUUUUCAAACCAAUGAAAGAUACUGACACAUCACGUCACUUGAUAUGCUCACCAAAAACUCCGUUGUUUGACUUUCGGCAAAAGAAUAAACGGCCUGGUUUUCAAUUCAAACCAAUCCGAUCAUAA